AUGCAUGUGCCGGUCACAUUUCCUGUUACUGUGUUUAGAUUUCCUGAAAUCCCUGCUUUCAACCCAAGGGUUUUCCAAAAAAGCAGCCCCUCUCUCUCUCUUUCUUUCUCUCUCAAUCUGCUCACAUGGUAUAUUUUUCCUUCCUGCUUUCUUCCAGUUGAAGUGUGUGUGUGCAGUCAGGACGGGACACUCAAUGGAUGCAAUUCAAAGAUUUCAAUAAUCGGAUUUAUCGGGAUUUGCAGAAUUGGGAUUUUUGUAAACUUUUUUGUUUGUUUUUUGCUGUUGUGCGGUGCAUUGUAGAUUGACAUAAAGUCUUUUUUUAUUUUUUUAUUCUGUGGACGUGCAACAUUUUUUUUUAUCAUGGAAAAAUGGAUUUAAAUCUGCGGUAUAAACUUGGAAUGGGAUUUUCUGUUGAUCUUAUCACGGCAAUAAUAUUUUUACGGUUCUAGCUGAGACAUGCGAUCCUCGGCAUCACGGCUCUCGAGUUUUUCAUCAAGAGAUUCACUAUGGACUCGGAUGCCGGAUCAGAUCUCGGUGUCAGAGUUUAUUUCCGAGACCACAGAGGAUUACAAUUCCCCGACUACAUCCAGCUUCACGACCAGGCUGCUGAGCUGUAGAAACUCGAUCACUGUGUUAGAAGAGGCCUUAGAUCAAGAUAGAACUGCGCUACAGAAAGUUAAGAAAUCUGUGAAAGCCAUUUAUAAUUCCGGUCAAGAACAUGUUCAGAACGAGGAGAACUAUGCACACGCUUUAGAUAAAUUUGGAAGUAAUUUUUUAAGUCGUGACAACCCAGAUUUGGGCACCGCCUUCGUAAAAUUUUCCACACUCACGAAGGAAUUGUCAACGUUACUUAAAAACCUGCUCCAAGGACUAAGCCACAAUGUUAUCUUCACUUUGGAUUCACUUUUGAAAGGUGACCUAAAGGGAGUAAAGGGGGACCUCAAAAAGCCCUUUGACAAAGCCUGGAAGGACUAUGAAACCAAGUUUACAAAAAUUGAAAAAGAAAAGCGAGAGCACGCCAAGCAACAUGGGAUGAUCCGGACCGAGAUAACUGGAGCAGAGAUAGCAGAAGAGAUGGAGAAAGAGCGGCGAUUGUUCCAGUUACAGAUGUGUGAAUAUCUUAUUAAAGUUAAUGAAAUCAAGACGAAGAAAGGCGUGGACCUCCUCCAGAAUCUGAUAAAGUAUUACCAUGCUCAGUGCAAUUUCUUCCAGGACGGCCUGAAAACGGCAGACAAACUCAAGCAGUACAUUGAAAAAUUGGCUGCGGAUUUAUACAACAUAAAGCAAACACAAGAUGAAGAGAAAAAGCAACUUACUGCCCUGCGAGACCUGAUUAAGUCCUCGCUCCAGCUUGAUCAAAAAGAGGAUUCCCAGAGUAAACAAGGAGGAUAUAGUAUGCACCAACUCCAGGGCAACAAGGAAUAUGGAAGUGAGAAGAAAGGAUACCUCUUAAAGAAGAGUGAUGGGCUGAGGAAGGUAUGGCAGAGAAGGAAAUGCACAGUGAAGAACGGAAUUCUUACCAUUUCUCAUGCCACGUCUAACAGGCCACCUGCAAAACUGAAUUUGCUAACCUGCCAAGUGAAACCAAACGCAGAUGAAAAGAAAAGUUUUGAUCUCAUUUCACAUAACAGAACAUACCACUUUCAAGCAGAAGAUGAGCAGGACUACGUAGCGUGGAUAUCCGUGUUAACUAACAGCAAGGAAGAAGCUCUUAAUAUGGCGUUCCAGGGUGAGCAGAGCACCGGUGAGAGCAGUUUGGAAGACCUGUCUAAAGCAAUUAUAGACGAUGUGCAGAAAACUCCAGGAAAUGAUGUGUGCUGUGAUUGCGCAUCACAAGACCCAACAUGGCUUUCAACAAACCUUGGGAUUUUAACUUGUAUAGAGUGUUCAGGGAUACACCGGGAAAUGGGGGUUCACAUUUCUAGGAUCCAGUCUCUGGAAUUAGACAAAUUAGGGACUUCUGAACUCUUGCUGGCCAAGAAUGUAGGAAACAAUAGUUUCAACGAAAUUAUGGAAGGGAAUUUACCCACUCCAUCACCAAAACCCACUCCUUCAAGUGAUAUGACUGCACGCAAAGAAUUUAUCACUGCAAAGUACGUGGAUCACAGGUUUUCCAGGAAGACUUGUGCUUCAGGGACGGAAAAGCUGAGCGAGCUGCAUGAGGCUGUGAAAUCCAGGGACUUACUUGCACUAAUACAAGUCUAUGCAGAAGGAGUAGAGCUUAUGGAACCACUGUUAGAAUCUGGACAGGAACCAGGUGAAACAGCACUUCACUUUGCAGUCCGCACUGCUGACCCAUCAUCCCUUCCCCUUGUUGACUUCCUGGUACAAAACUGUGGAAAUUUAGACAAGCAGACGGCAAAAGGCAACACAGCUCUCCACUACUGCUGUAUAUAUAACAAGCCUGAGUGUUUAAAACUGCUCCUGAAGGGAAAACCCACUAUAGACAUUGUGAACCAGUUGGGUGAGACCACUAUUGACAUCGCUAAGAAAUUAAAAGCUGUGCAGUGUGAAGAACUGCUGUUGCAAGCCAUGGCUGGGAAGCUCGAUCCACAUGUCCAUGUGGAGUAUGACUGGAACCUUCGACAGGAGGAGAUAGACGAGAGUGAUGACGAUUUAGACGAUAAGCCGAGUCCCAUAAAGAAAGAGCGGUCUCCAAGACCUCAGAGCUUCUGCCAUUCUUCCAUCGUUUCACCUCAAGAUAAACUGUCACUGCCUGGUUUUACCACUCCGCGGGACAAGCAGAGACUCUCCUAUGGGGCUUUCAUGUCCACAAGCACGGACUCCCCCACAUCUCCACUAACAGACGCUCCUCCUCUCCCACCCAGGAAUGCAGGCAAAGUUCCAACAACCCUCCCUUUAAGCACCCAAUCCCCUAGUGGCAGCUCCACAUUAUCCAAGAAGAGACCACCUCCCCCUCCCCCUGGACACAAACGAACUCUCUCCGACCCUCCAAGCCCGCUACCUCAUGGCCCCAACAGUAAGGGCUCAGUAUCUUGGGGUAAUGAUACAGGUGCAGGUGAUAAGACGCUGAAUAAGUUCGAGAGACUGACACAUUCGUCCAGCACGGGAACCAAGAGCACAUUAGGCCCAAGGGUUCUGCCGAAACUACCUCAGAAAGUGGCACUUAGAAAAAUAGACACCACUCACCACCUUUCAAUGGACAAAUACAACCAGCAAACAGAUAUCUUCCAGAAAUCUCCACAGUCUGGAGAUUUGCCACAGAAACCACAACUUGCCGAUCUUCCUCCCAAACCAGAGCCUUCAGAAAUUGUACAGAAACCACAUGCCGGAGACCUGCCACCAAAACCCGGAGAAUUGCCACCUAAGCCUCAUUUAGGAGAUUUGCCACCUAAACCUCAACUUGGAGACUUACCUCCAAAACCACAACUGAAGGAUCUGCCACCUAAGCCCAAUUUAGGAGAUAUAUUACAGAAACCAUCAAUUGGAGAAUCACACCCCAAGCCCCAUCCUCCAGAGGUUCACCAGAAUUCUCAACCAGCAGAACCGAACCAGAAUUCUCAAAACACUGACCAUAGUCCUGUCCAGAAGCCGACUCCAGAGCCUACCACUGAUGGUCCACCACCUCUUCCAGAGACCCCUGUGCCACUACCCAGAAAAAUCAACACCGGAAAGAACAAACUGAAACGCGUUAAAACAAUAUAUGAUUGCCAAGCGGACAAUGAUGACGAGCUUACAUUUGUUGAGGGAGAAGUUAUUAUAGUGACUGGUGAAGAGGACCAGGAGUGGUGGAUCGGCCACAUUGAAGGACAUCUCGACAGGAAAGGAGUCUUCCCAGUGUCGUUUGUUCACAUCUUGUCAGAAUAGUCUGUUCUACACGUAACAUACAUACUACAGCAUUGUGUGUCCUCCACCCAGGACAGGCUUCUUAGCAAGAUUGCAGCCGUGUUCCUUGCGUUGCCGUACUCCACACUGUAUAUAAGCUGCUGUUACGAAGUUCACAUCAUUCAGUACCACAUCAUGUGCCGAACUCUCUAUGUAUUGUAACUUUACUAUGUAAUUUCACCUCUGCCAGUAUUAAGAUAGCUAUAGUAGCCUUGGGGGAGAGGGGAUAAAAGAGGCACUCCAUACUACACCUGCUAAAACCAUUCCCCCUCUCCGACCUUUACCCUUUGUGUUAAAUCACUUCUGAUACCAGCAUAACAAGUCCCUGAUACCAUGUACAACACUACCUAGAUCAGAGCUUCAAGUACUGGAAAGGGAGAUAGCACUGUGCAUUUCAAUCUCUUGUGCCUGAAAAAAGUUAAAGCUGCUCUGUCACCUAAGCAGUGUUUACAGUGUGCAAUCAAACUAUCGCUACGUCUUGCAAGAUUUUGUAUAGAUCAACAGAAAAACCCUGGUUUUACUAUGCAAGACCAUGUGCAAUUGCACUGCUGCCUUGCAGAGUAAUGCAUGGGCAUAUGGGAUACAUUGUCAAAUGUAUUUUCUGACAAAUUGAUCUGUGCAUUUGAUUGCCAUUACCUGAACAUAAUAUAUAAAGGCUCGCUAUGCCUUGUAUGCAUCUGGAAAUACUGUUCAUUUGGCAGAAUACUUUUAAUUUGGAAUAAAAAGACAUUGGCAACUUAUAGACAAUAACAUUUGAUCUACACAUUGUGAUAUUCAAUCUGGGGAGGGU